GCAAAUUAAUCGCGCCUUUUGACCUAUCCCAACGAUUUAAAUGUGCUGAAUCAGUAUUUUUUCAAAUAGUUUUCCCUAAUCCGAUUGGGGCUUUUAUAUAAGAUAAAUGCAAUGUUCUCAUACACUUAGCCGCUUAAUGGAUAACUAUAUUUAGCUGGCUGCCUACCAGUAUUGACCAGUAUUGAAAUGCUUUGCCCUCUGCACGCUAGGCGCAAAACCAAAAGCUAUAAAUUUUGUAGGCGCCGAAAGCUUACGACUGCAAUGACCAGUCGCUCACAGACAGUUGAUCAGUACAAGUGCAACAGCAGCAGCAGCGCGAGCAGCAGCGGACAUGGGCUCGCAUGAUAACAAUAUAGAUGCCGACUUGCCAGAUUUCGAUGUAUUGUUGGGAAAUGAGGAGGAUUCGGUAUUGGAAAAGGAGCAGCUACAAGUACAAGAGCUCAGGGAAUGGCUAGACGCAAAUCCGUACAUUAAUGGCUGUAAGGCCUAUGACAAUUUGCAUUUCUUUUUGCGCACCUGCAAAUUCGAUGUUGAACGCGCAAAAAAAAAACUAAAAACAUUUUACCAAAUGCGCGCCGAGCGUACCGAAUGGUUUGACAACUGCGAUCCCAUGUUGCCAGAAAUACAGGAACUGCUCGCAUUGGGUGUCUUUUUGCCCGUCGAUGGGGUCGAUGAGCACCAGCGAAAGGUUGUUAUUAUAAGAACCGCAGCACACGAUCCUAAACGCCAUACACAAAACAAUGUGUUUAAGACUAGCAAAAUGAUAUUGGAUUUGCUAGUAAGGUUUGAGCCAGAUAGCUGUGCACGCGGCAUCGUUGCCAUUAUGGAUAUGCAAGGUGUUCAAUUGGGUCAUGCACUACAGCUGAAUCCCAAGCUCAUUAAGCGCUCUGUUGAGAGUUGGACGGCAUAUCCAUGUCAGCCCAAGCUCUUGGAGUUCACCAAUGCCCCGCGUCACGUUAACCUAUUUUUGAAUACGUUUCGUGUAUUCAUGACGACAAAGAUACGGUCCCGCGUUGUAGUGCGCCGCGAGGGCACAAUGGUGAAGUGCAAACAAUUGCCAAUCGACUUGGGUGGCCAGGGCCCCAGUUACAAAGAGUUGGCUAUAAAAUGGAAGCAAUUGCUCGAACAGAACGCUGACUUCUAUGUGGAGCAAGGCAAAUACAAAAGCCUAGUCAAGCGAUAAGCGUACGAUUAGCCAAAUAUGAUUAGGAAUCCAACCAGACAUAUAUGCAAUAUAUAUGUAUAUAUAUAAGUAGUAUACGCAUAUUUUCAGCUUGUA